AUGUCUCAGCAGCUCAAAUCGCAACUGCAGGCGGCGGGGAUGGAAGAAGAUUCGGCGUACUACAUUGGCCGGUAUACCGUUCAAGGUCUCCAGUACGGUUGUCUUGCGGCAACACCGCUGUACCUCGUCUCGGCGAUUCGUGGGCGAGGAUUCUCGUUGCGCGGGUUGGCGCGGGCGAACUGGCUGAUCCCCUCCGUCGGAGCUGCGGCGGGCAGUGUGGCUGGUUACGCAGCCACCUCUCAACUCAGCCAUCCCGACCUGUCCGCCCGAACAAGUGGGUUGAGGCUCAACAGCAACCGCGUCAGACAAGACGAUUUGCACCUCAUCGGCUCCGUCCUCGGCGCACUCGUCCUCCCAGCCCUCUUCCUCAGCAGAGUCGGCCUGAUUAACGGUCUCCUCGGCGGCGCGGGUCUGGGUGGCGCAGCCGGAUUGGUCACCCACCAAGUUCAGAGGUUGGGCAAGGGCGAGGAUGUCACCGGCAAAAUCGAGGCUGAGGCCAAAGGCGCAUGGGAGGAGGCCAAGAGCAAAGCUAAGGAGGUCAAGGGUGAGGUUGAGAACCGACUCUGA